UGGAAAGGAGGAGGGAGAGAAAGAAGGAGAGAGGAGGGAGGACACUGACGACAGACCUACUGGAUCAUUCUCAACCAACACAGUCAACAGCUGCCCUGGUAGAAGAUGCCCCUCCUGAAGGAAGGCAGGAAAAGAGCAGAGGACAUCUCAGCUGUGUACGAGCUGAGAGAGAAGCUGGGAGAGGGAUCUUUCUCUGAGGUGAGGGUUGGUCAGCAUCGACGCACCCACAGACGUGUAGCAGUCAAAUGCAUCCGCAAGAGGGCGCUCAAGGGCAAGGAGGCCAUGCUGGAGAACGAGAUUACCGUGCUGCGCAGGAUCAACCACACCAAUAUAGUGUCCCUGGAAGAGACCUUUGAGACGUCUACAAAGCUCUACCUUGUCAUGACUCUAGUCACAGGGGGGGAACUACUGGAUCGCAUCCUAGAGAGAGGCAGCUACACAGAGAAGGAUGCCAGCCGGGUCAUCCAGCAGGUGCUACAGGCUGUUCAAUACCUGCACCAGCUGGGCAUCGUUCACAGAGACCUCAAGCCUGAGAAUCUGCUGUUUGAGACUCCCGCAGCAGACUCCAAGAUCGUCAUCAGUGACUUCGGCCUGUCCAAGAUGGAGGACCAGGGAGUGCUGUCUACCGCUUGUGGGACCCCCGCUUACGUGGCCCCAGAGUUACUGCAGCAGAAGUCCUAUGGUAAAGAGGUGGAUCUGUGGGCCUUGGGAGUCAUCACCUACAUACUGUUGUGUGGGUACCCUCCCUUCUAUGAUGAGAACGACUCCGACCUCUACCGACAGAUCAUCAAGGCUGAGUACGAGUUUGACUCUCCUUACUGGGACCAGAUCUCCAUCUCAGCAAAAGACUUCAUCCCCCACUUGCUGCAGAAGGAGCCUGAGAGGAGAUACAACUGUGAGAGGGCCUUGAGGCAUCCUUGGAUCUCAGGUGGAGCAGCCCUGGAGAAAAACAUUCACGAGUCAGUCAGCGAGCAGAUCCAGAAAAACUUUGCCAAGAGCCAAUGGAAGAGAGCCUUUAAUGCCACAAUGGUGGUGCGUCACCUCAGCAAGAAGACCCAGGCAGCAGGAGAGGCGGGGGAGACGAGGCAGGCGGGGGAGGAAGGGACAAAGUCCAAGGAUGCACAGCAAGCCGACAAGUCCUAAACACCAACCAGACAGGGACCAGAACAAGGCCCAACCUCCCCACACCACCACAGAGGGCUCCAGGAGGCUCAAGGACCCAACCCCGCCCCCUUGAUCCUCGCCACGACCCUAUUCUUAACCGUUAUCUGCUUUAGUGAUCAGAGUCCUGUGUGAUUCUGGUGGCCUUUAUUUCAGUGUUGUAUGUAAAUAUAUUUUUAGUAUAAUUCAAUGUAAUUUAAUCGGUUAUAAAGAUACAUAUUUGUUUUUCUUGCAGCUUCAUGUAAGAAGUAGUUGUCUAUGGCAUGUUGCAGUACCUAUUGCUGCACCAAUAGAAUCAAGUUUGCUGUUCUACAUUUGGGCUAUUUAUGAAUGUAACGUUGUUGUGGAGGUACUAAUGACCAAUGUGAUCCCAACAUAACCAGAAUGUGUGUCAAUUUAAAUUGUUGUGUGUGCCACCAUAGCACUUAAAGGUGUGAGUCAGCAUAAGAUAAUGCACAUAACUGAUUUACAUCAUCAUGCAGUAUUUUAUGAUUAUAAAGAUCUUGUAAUUGAUUAUCCUUUACAAAUUGCAGAGCAAGAUGCUAGAAAUCCCAGCAGAGGGCGAUAUUGGUCAUUAUAAGACUGUUACCUGUUUUUCUCAUCCGAUGUUGAGUCAAGCAGAAUGACUAGCCUACAGGGAUCUCAGACGGCAAGACAAACUAAUCUAAAUGGGCUGAACUGUCACCACACAGUAUACAGAGUUGUUUUUAAGUAAAAUAUGUCUCUUGUGUUUGGCCUUUUGUGUUUGAAAAAUGUUGGAAAACUAUGUUGAAGACAGUGCUGUGUUUUCAGUUAAUUCAAUAAAGAA